UGUUGAAUGAAUGGCGUUUGAAUACCCAUCGGGUCGUGUCCUGUGCUGUAUUCUAGUGGGCUACAAAAGCAAGACGCGUGUGUGGAGUGCAAACAACACAGCUCAAUCCACGGUCGCACGUGUGUAUUCAGUACGCCCUACUCGGCUCUAUUAAGUGUCAAUCCGCCACUCAGCAAAGCACAGUCGAGUACAAACCCAGCAGACGUCGCCUUUUUAAACGCGCUGCAGAACGCCCAGAGUCAGUUGACGACUCGAACCGUGCAAAAGCUACAGUCCGAGCCUCGAAAACCAUUUAGACUUUGAAAGAAUUUCAAGCCAAGAAAAUGCCUAAGUCCUUCCUUCUCAAACGGAAUUUUCAUCAAGUUGGUACCUGUAAGGGACAACGCACUCGGAAAGAGAAGUUUAUAGUUUUCGAAAAGGACGCAGUUUUGGAAAAAGACAGGGAGUUUGAGAGAGGAGUCUAUGGAGAAGACGCCACGAGAAUCCACUUCCAAAAAGAACACCAUCCCAGCGCAUUCAUAAAAUACGGCCCGACCUUCGAAAAUCAGCGCUUCAACCAAUACGAUCUCAGACAAAAUCCACUCUACUACCCGCUCGGUCUUCCAAAUACGACUGUUAUCCAACGGUGCUACCAAGAAGAAGCAUUUCCGCUCUACUAUUGCCAGACUGAAUUACCCUUGCCCACGUCUUUUGCAAACCACGGAUGGCCACCAAAAGACGAAGUGUACCCGUUGAAUGCAGACAUUCUGAAAGUCGACGACAGCGAAUUGAAGCAUCCCUUGAAGUGCAAGCAAUGCGGGAAGAACUUUAAGACCAAAUAUACCCUGGCGAUUCAUAUGAAGAUGCCAUCUCAUACAGGCACUCGUCCCUUCGUGUGCGGCGUCUGUGGAAAAGGGUUCCGACUCUCGAGUACCCUUUGUAGACACAAGAUCAUCCACACCACAGACAGGCCCCACAAGUGCCACAUUUGCAACAAGGCAUUUAACAGGUCAUCCACGCUCAAAACUCACAUUCGCACGCACAGUGAGGUAAAAGAGUAUAUCUGCGAGGUAUGCGGAAAGGGGUUCCACCAAAAAGGCAAUCUCCGAAACCACAGUCUUAUUCACACUGGCGAAAAACCGUAUAAGUGCGCUCUCUGUGAGAAAGCGUUUAACAAACUGUCCAAUUUAAAGUUUCAUAUGCAUGUACAUACGGAUAAUUCCCCGUACAGAUGUAAAUACUGUAAAGUAUCAUUCUCGAGAAGGUGUGACCUGAAGUCACACAUCGCAAAUGUUCACGAAAAUCAAAACUAAAUGUAUUUUUAAGCAGUGAAGUGUAAAAUGUAUAUAAAAGCAUGCACACAUAUUAGACAUCAAAGUUCACAUUUUUUAAUAUCAGAAGCUUAUUAGCUCUUCUUAUUUACCUUUUCACAACACUAAACUUAAAAUUAAGUACAUUGUACGAUUUUUCUUUAGACUUCGCAGCUUUUUAUCUUUAAUGCUUUUGUAAUAUUUUAGUGUCAUAAGGCGUAAAUAUAAACGAAAAAUCAUCUGGAGGAUACAGUUAUUUUAGAAUCAUGCAGAGAUAAUCAUAAUGAAAGAAGAUAGUUUGCUAGAAUAAAGGCUUACGGCGGCGCGGUAUACAUGCUUUAAUAAAAAGCAAUAAAUAGCUAAUGAAUGAAUGUAUUAUUGUAAAUUACUGCUAUACAAUAGCAAAACAAAUAAGCGAAAAUAAAAGAAUGAAUAGAAUGUGGUAA